CCGAUGCUAGAUAUGGGAUAUGGCCCUACUUGGGUUGUGGGCAUUGCAGGUAUCAUGUCCGGUGUGGUGAACUGUCUGAUACCUUCUGCAGCUUUAUAUAGCUUUUGGUUGUUCUUCGUACUGCGCAUUAUAAAUGGAUUCUGUGCGGGUGCGAUGUUACCAAGUAUGACGCAAGUGCUGCGGUAUUGGGUCCCUCCUACCGAACGUCACUAUUUCAUGUGGGCUUAUUGCGGAAUCACUACAGGCACAUGUUCGACGUUCCUUAUUUGUGCAGCAGUGCAGUAUUACUCCAAAUGGUCUGUCGGGUUUUUGGUUGGCGGGACCAUUCAGGUUCUAUGGGCGACGUUAUGGCUCGUGGUUGUCAACGACUCUCCGGAUAAACACUCGUUUGUAUCCAAAUAUGAGUUGGAUUACUUGAAAGAUACGAUUGGCUCCGUCACCACUAUACAUCGAACAAAUUCACAAGCACCAUGGAAGUUAAUUUUGAGAUCUGUACCGUUUUGGUGCGUGUGUAUUCUAAAUUUCGGAUUCGCUUGGCUGAUUAUUGCAGUAUGCUUACAUGGACCGCUGUAUUACAGUUCAGUUUUGAAAUACACCAUUUAUGAGGCAUCAGCACUUACUGCGCUGCCGUUUCUACUGCGUCUCAUAUUUGGCACAUUAAUAAUUCAAACCUACCAUUGGUACAAAAAUACGUCAAGACCGAAAAUGCUGCAAGAUUUGUGGAAAUAUGUCGUAGUUGUUUCUCACGUGGUGCCUGGCCUUCUUAUAUCGAUGGUGUGGGUGAUACCAGUAAACCCAGGCCCAACUAUGCUGACCAUAGCUGUCGUUCUUACUGCCGCAGCAAUGGAUAUCACUUUAGACUUGUGUUAUGAAUUGUCGCCAACGUAUGUUAACUCAAUGAAUACUUUAAUAAAAAUAAUUGGAAACUUGCCCGGAAUUGUGAUACCAUUGUGUGUUGGAGAGGUUACUAAUAAAUUGCAGAAAUCUCUACGAAUCUGGAAAUAUGUUUGGGCUUUUCAUGGAACUAUAUUAUUAUUAAGUGGAAUUAUAUUUUUGAUGUGGGGAGAUAUCACAAUUCAGGAAUGGAAUAACAUAAGACACAGACCCAAUCGACUGAGGAAAGCCACAGUAAGACCAUCAGUAAUGUCAAACAUAACAGAAAUUGAUGAGGAUGAAUCUUCAAAUCGAGUAUCGUUUACGCCAAAGAAAUCUAAAUUAGUGAUGAUAUCUACAAGGUGAUCUUAGCGAUAUCGAGAACUCAAGAAAAUGUUGUAAAAGUACAAGAAUACGAAUGUAAAUAAAUAUUUUGACUAAAAA